ACUCUGCGAGAAUCCGUUCAGUAGUCGCAUGUGACAUUCAUGUGGGGACUUCGCACAGCGCGUUUGAAGAUUUGCACUCGUUUUUAAUCCUGUGAAGAAAUGGGAUUGGGGAUCAUAGGUGACCGUGAAAAUGCAGUAUGGGCUGUUUGAGAUAUUUAAUUAUCGAAUGACGCACUUCUUUUUUUUUCUGAGUACUGGAGUAAUUGAUGUUGUGAAAGACUUGCUUGCUUGUGCGUCAUGCCUUCGUGCGUAGCUUAUUGAUGUGUAAAACUACAAUUUGCCGGAUCUUCCAUUCAUACGUUCUAAUAAUGGGGACAUCCUACUUCGGUGGCAGCAUCCUGCUUGAAGUAAAACAAGCUACAGCCACUGCCUGGACAUUUAUUGAACUUUGUUCAACCCCUUCAAAUUGAAACCAAAGUAUUGAGCAGUUUUAAUGAGAUGUUCACGGAAACGAAAUUGUGAUCUUAAUUACUUAUAUUAAUUUAUAUUAUAAAUUUCUCAAAAAAUUUCCUGACGACUCACGAUGACGAAGAUUGUACAAAAGUUAGGUUUGGUUGGUUUAGCCGUCAUCGCCAUCUCAGCUCGAUGCGUCGUCAGCUACCAAAUCUAUAACCUAGAAGACCCGAAAGUAUGUAACGCCACAAUCUGGCUGGACCGCGGCCCCAACUCUGCGGCAAUCCUGCGCCUCACGUCACGACCUGCGUACGAUGACACGCCGAGGUUCUGCGUCGUCACGUUCAAGGCCUCCAAACACGCUUGGUCUGGUCUGUUGGGUGUGCUGGAGAAAAUAGACCUGCGUAAAUACGACGACGUAGACCACCCCCACGCCCCGCCGGUCUGCAUGGACUACAUCUCGAUAACAAACCCAGUGGUAUCAUCGGACUCGAUGCUACACUCAACUCCCUACCGACAAGAACAAUGCGGUUCCUGGUCAGUGCAUCCUGACCAAGUGCUGCCCACUAUUGGCUACAGCAACGCUGUUGUGGGCCAUUGUUCUUAUCCGUCGUUGCAGUGCGAGCCGGUGCGAGAGUUGAUGGUUCAAGUGGUGAUCGGCAGACGACAUCCUCGGGAGAACUCUUGGCAGAACACGCGCAACUUCAAACACAAGGGCUUCACUUUUGUUGUGACCGCAUACAGCUUCUCCUACGGUGUCAACGAGUGCGCCAACGACCUAAGGUCUUGUGGGUACGAGGGCCGCAACAGUCACCCCGCGUACUGCGUUCACGACACGCUCUUCUGCGACGGUCACAUCAACUGCGGUCCUUCGUACGGCGUCGUGCGCAGUACCGAUGAACGAAACUGCAACCGCAACGACAAGAGCCACGAGUUGAUCGUAGCUACAGGACCAUGGAUGAGUGCAGGGGUGCUCAUCGUGCUCAUCAUCGCGGCGUUCAUUUAUAGGAAGAGAAUCAGGACAGCGUACGAUAGCGAGGCGCAUAUUCAGCGCGCAGCGGCACAGCCACAGGCCCAGCCGCCUGACUUCAACUCCUACGCUGAGAGUUACGAAGUUUCUUCGAACGUUUCGACGGCCCCCCACAUGGCUAUACAAGUAAGAGUUGUGUGCAACCCUGCAACGCAACCAUGGCCGGCCACAGCGUCAGGGGCGACGAUUUGGAAAGCAGAUCAUCCUCCUUCUUACGAGGCUCUUUUUCCCCACGGACCUCCUCAAGAGGUCAUGAACAUCGCAUCAGAAGUUCGUCCUGCACAGUUUGUCCCCGCGACCGCAGGGACUUCGCAUGAUGCAAAGAGGUCUUCUUUUGUAUCCAACGCCCCUCGCAACAGUCGAUCAUUUUCAAAUGAUGAUCUCAGCCAUAGAGUAUCAUCUCCGCAUGAAGGCAAUCCAAGUGAGAAUACCACUGAUGUUAAUAUUGAGUGGGUUGCAGCUACUCACGAAAACCAGAAUCGAGGGGUGACGUUCCCGCAAGAAUACCCUAGCCAAAGUGGGCCCUCUGCCCACACCGCCGACCAAAGACGAGUGACGGCCACUGACAGCCUCAAUCAAAGAUUGAAGUCUCCAUCAAUCGAGGGCAAUGAAAGAGGUUCGACUUCACUCGACAACAAUGAAAGAGCAACGUUUUCACAUGCAGACACAGGACAAUUGACAUUUUCUGGCGGGGCCGAUGAAAGAAGGACGGAAAGUCGCAAUCGUUUAAUUCCUACUGAAAUCCCCUCUCCUGAUGAGCAUCAACGUGUGAUGACUUCUUUCGCAGAAUGUACUCAAUUCAGCAACAACGUUAGGCCACAUCCCAACUAUCAGUGUUCAACGUUGAAACUUGACAGAGCUCAACAGAGAGAAGCGUUCAUCGCUUUCGAUUCCAGCCGUUCUUUGGACCGGAGAACAGCAAUGCGAGCAAGCAUCGCGCAUCAACCUGUUGAAUCUUUAGUAUCUGAGCAGCCGUUCACUGCCCCAGGUCAAUCACUCGCUUCGGGUUCAAAUCCUUCACACGACACCCGCAGUGGUCAAGAAAUAUAUGUUAACUUAACCUCUCUUCGUGAUGGCAUAGAGGGAAGCUCACUAAACACCAGAGAUGAGGAGAGUCGCUAUUGUGAUUCUGAAGACCGAGAGCUGGACUGUCUCGAGUCCUCGGGUUUAAGGCAAUCAACGGAGACCUUAGACAGUGAAAGAGAACAGUAUUAGGAAUUCUUCAUUAUACAAACUUGUUAAUUUUCGGAACCAGAAAAUAGCAUUCCUUGCUUUUGAUAAGGCACCAUUCAAGAUUGCGGUAUUGAAACGUAUUUGUUAGUUUCAUAUCCUGGCUAGGAGUUUCUAUUUUGAAGUUCAAAUUAUCGCAUUCUAGUCUUCGAGUGCCAUGAUACUGAGCAAACUCUUUAACCUAUUUAACGGUUUGAUGCCAUACUUCGUCCCUUUCAUGGUAUUACUAAUCUGUAAUGAACAACUGUGCCAUAUCUAUUGCCGAAAUUCGUUUCUACUUCUAAAUGUAAGGAGCACCAAUAUAAUCCUCAUAAUAAAUACAA